GUUGCCGCUGCACUUCGUUCACGUGACGCGAACAAAGCAACUGGACCUGAUGAGAGCUCGGCAAGGCUACUAAAAGAAACAGCUGAACAAAUCUCACCCACUUUAUCUUUAUUCUACAACAAGUCACUCCAGACAUGCGUAUCUCCAGAGGAGUGUAAACUGGCAAAUAUUGUGCCGAUACACAAGAAAGAUGAUAAAGAUCAUGUUGAGAACUAUCGUGCAAUAUUCCUAGUAAGUAUUAUCUCGAACGUUCUGGAACGGCGUGUUUUGAUUCGUCUACGUGACCAUCUAUUGCUGAUGUUAGACAGUGCGCAGCAUGGAUUCAUUCCUGGGAAAUCCUGCAUGACUCAACUGGUUAAGGUUAUUGACUACAUUGGGUCCUUAGGCGAUUCUGGCAAGCACACUGAUGUGAUUUAUCUAGAUAUGUCGAAAGCCUUUGAUAAAGUGCAACACUCUCUUAUCCUUGAUAAACCACGCUAG